AUGACGCAAGCGGCUCACACGUCACCAUGUGUGUGUCCAGAGAGCGACUCACACGUCACCAUGUGUGUGUCCAGAGAGCGGCUCACACGUCACCAUGUGUGUGUCCAGAGAGCGGCUCACACGUCACCAUGUGUGUGUCCAGAGAGCGGCUCACACGUCACCAUGUGUGUGUCCAGAGAGCGGCUCACACGUCACCAUGUGUGUGUCCAGAGAGCGGCUCACACGUCACCAUGUGUGUGUCCAGAGAGCGGCUCACACGUCACCAUGUGUGUGUCCAGAGAGCGACUCACACGUCACCAUGUGUGUGUCCAGAGAGCGGCUCACACGUCACCAUGUGUGUGUCCAGAGAGCGGCUCACACGUCACCAUGUGUGUGUCCAGAGAGCGGCUCACACGUCACCAUGUGUGUGUCCAGAGAGCGGCUCACACGUCACCAUGUGUGUGUCCAGAGAGCGGCUCACACGUCACCAUGUGUGUGUCCAGAGAGCGGCUCACACGUCACCAUGUGUGUGUCCAGAGAGCGGCUCACACGUCACCAUGUGUGUGUCCAGAGAGCGGCUCACACGUCACCAUGUGUGUGUCCAGAGAGCGGCUCACACGUCACCAUGUGUGUGUCCAGAGAGCGGCUCACACGUCACCAUGUGUGUGUCCAGAGAGCGGCUCACACGUCACCAUGUGUGUGUCCAGAGAGCGGCUCACACUAGAGCCCUGCACUUGGGCCCGACAGCCCGAGGGCCGGGCUUCGGGCCGAUGA